AUGCUCUACUCGUUCUACAUCUACACGCGCAGUGGGUCGUGUUUGUACCAGGAAAAGUGGAACGUAGCGGGCACGAAGCGCGUGACGUACGCGGACCCGAACGAAGAGAAGCGGCUGCUCUUCGGUCUCCUCUUUUCGCUCAAGGAGUUUGUCGCAAAGGUCGCGCCCACGACUGCCAGCGCCGCAGACACUGCAGUGCCCGAAGCAGCGAGUGCACCGCCCGACGGUAUGCAGCGGUACCAGACGAACACGUACACGUGCCAUCAGUACGAGACGCCGAGCGGUCUUCGAUUUGUCAUGAUGACGGACAACCGGGCGGGGGACAUGGGCGCGACGCUCCGGUAUAUCUACGCACAGAUCUACGUCGAGACGGUGGCGAGCAACCCACUGAGUGAUACGAAGAGCGGCAAACCGAUCACGAGUCAAUUGUUUCGGACACGACUGACGCAGUAUCUUGAGAGUCAACCGUUCUUCAGGUAG